AUGUUAUUGAUUAAGUCUUUUACUACAAUUUUAUUUAUAACUGCAAUCCUUUCUAAUAUUGCAAAUGGGGCUGAUCGAACUAAGAUGCUUAACCUAGUUAACGCAGAACGUCGAAAAGUAAAUCUACCUGACCUCAGAUUAGAUUCUCAACUUAACAACGCUGCUCAAAAGCAUACCGAUUAUAUGGCAAGAACAAAUAUUUUAUCUCACUAUGAAAAUUCUCAAGAUCCUGGUGUCAGAAUUAAAGCUCAAGGUUAUAAUUGGUCUACAUACGGAGAGAAUAUUGCUCAAGGUCAAUUAACUGAAGAUGAAGUUAUGAAAGCAUGGAUGAGUGAUCCCCCGCAUAGAGAUAAUAUACUUGGUAAAAUGUUCAAACAUUUAGGUGUAGGAUAUUCAAGUCAAGGUAAUUUUUGGACUCAAGAUUUUGCCGCACCAUUAUGA